AUGCACAUACAAAAUAAACCACAAAUAAUUGAACAUAUAAAUUAUUCAUUGGAUAAUACUAUAUACGAUGUGAAAUGGGUUGAUGGAAAAUCAAACAUCAUUGCUGUUGGAGAAUUAUUAGAUAAAAAGGGAUACAUAAAUAUUUAUAAUUUAAAUAAGGGGAAUUUUACGUGUAUUUCUAAUAAUCGAACAGAUAAAGGAAUAAAAACUAUUUGUCCUUUUUAUUCUCAUUCGGGAAGCUACACUAUUGCUUGCUCAUUUGACGGUAGCAUAUUGUUAUAUGAUAUCAACAAUUUGUCUGAGCCAUAUUAUAGCAUAAAAAAACAUAGCAAGUUAAUAAAUAAAAUAGACUGCAAAAGUUACAAAAAUAAUAAUAUUAUCGUAAGUGCAAGCAGGGAUGGAUCGGUUAAAAUUUUUGACAUAAGGACAAACCAUGAAAGCCCCCAAAAAACUCAGACUAUAUGCCUGACUGCUGGAAAUAACUACAUUGAAGAAAAUUCGUAUUGUGAGACUGGACAGGAAAACUUGAAUAUAUGCGCAGGAUAUGACAAUGGGGAUAUUAAAUUUUUUGACAUAAAAAUGAUGUUAAUUGAGCACGAGGCUAAUGUUAACAAUGGAGUUUGUUCUAUAAAUUACGACAGAAAAGACACCAAACGAAAUAAAUUAAUUUGCUCAACGCUAGAAGGGAAUAUUUACAUUUUCAACUUAGAUGUCUACAGCGAAGAUUCCGGGUUUGCAUAUAGCAAGGACCAAAUAAUAUCAGGAACUUGCUGGGGUACUCCAUUUUUGCCGCAGAACCGGGACAUUUUUGCAACAUUAGGGGGAGACGGAAAUCUAAUUCUGUAUAAAUAUAUAAACCCGGAAAAAAAUUAUGUAUUUGAUGAAUUGAAAGGAUGCAAAAGGGGAAUAAUUGGAGAAUUAGAAAAGUUAAAUUACCAGAACGUUUCUACUCAACCAAUAAUUUCAUUUGAUUGGAAUAAAGACAAGUUAGGUCUUUGUGUUUUUGCUUCCUUAGAUCAAACAAUUAGGAUUUACAUAAUAACGAAGCUAAAUUUGUACUAA